CGUGACGCCCUCAACCUCCUCACUUCAGCUGUUUUACUCCAGCCUUACCGGAAUUGCAGAGAAGGUCUAGAUUCUUAUUCGGUCUCGCCUUUCCGCCGGUCCUCCUGACGUCAGGCCUCAGGCCAUCAACCUCCCUGCAAUCCUUCUAUACAAACAAUCUCCCGAUCACAAACACCGUCUUCAUAAUGGCUCUUCUCUUCAUCAAACAAAAACUCUUUCCCGGAACUCAACAGAAAGCAGCUGCCAAUCCUUUCGGCAAGCCGCUAUUGUCCAACCCUGAGACCGAUAGUAUCUAUGAAAACCGCGACCUGGAAGCGCAGCGCUCCUACGACACAUUCCGCCCAUCCUCCCCUAUCUCCGAUGUCGACAGCACAAGCACAAGCACAAGCACGCGGUCACGCAUCAACCCUCGUAUCAUCUCCGAUGCCAUUCUGGGCCUGUCGGAUGGAUUGACGGUGCCGUUUGCGCUGAGCGCCGGUCUCUCUGCCCUCGGAAACACUAAGGUGGUCGUGCUGGGAGGAUUGGCCGAGUUGACUGCUGGUGCCAUCUCCAUGGGCCUGGGAGGCUACGUCGGAGCGAAGAGUGAAGCCGAGUCAUACGAAGCCACUGUCCGCGAAACCAAGGAGCUGAUCGACUCCUCGCCCGCCGAAACCACCGCGAUCGUCCACUCCAUCUUCUCCGCCUACCGUCUCCCCGCCGAAGUGAUCUCCGAGAUCAGCAACUCGCUGCACGCCUCGGAGGAACGUCUCCAGGAAUUCCUCAUCAGCUUCCACCACAAAGAGUCGCAGCCCGACUGCAACCAGGCCUGGACCUCCGCCGUCACGCUUGCGCUGGGCUACUUCGUCGGUGGCUUCAUUCCGCUGAUCCCGUACUUCUUCGUCAACCAAGUCAUCAUCGCCCUGUACAUGAGCAUCGGAGUCAUGGCCGUCACGCUCCUGGCCUUUGGGUAUAUCAAGACGUGUGUCGUGCGCGGCUGGACCGGACGCGACAACAUCAUGGCCGGACUCAAGGGCGGAGUGCAAAUGGUGUUCGUGGGUGGCGUGGCGGCGGGCGCAGCGAUCGCGCUGGUGCGACUGAUCGACGCGGGGGAUGCUUAACCAGACGAACCCCGGACACAGGUUCUUGCUUUCUUUGCUCUGCUGCGAUAUUUGCGCCUCGCUUUCCACUGCGAAAAGUUCACCCACGCCAUAAUGACAUGUACCAUAUAGA